CAGCAGCUAAUCCGCGUCAGUUGCUAAAGUGGGUGAGGCAGCUGCCAUAGAAGAAAACUUGAGGAACUCUCUUGAUAAAGAAGAAAACAGAAAGGGUGUAAGUCAUGGUUCUCUGCAUCUUCUUCGCCUUAACUCUCACGUUUCCUUUCCGGCUUUCCUCUGCUCUCACAUCGUAUGAAGAAGUAGAACCUUAUUUGAGAUAUCAUACAUGGUCGAAUGACAAUUCGAUAACUGACACCAUCGACUAUGGAAACGGCUCCUUGGCAAGGUUAAUCCUUAAGACGGAGAGCUCUCAUCCGGACAAUCCGGUCUUCGCAUGCGGAUUCAUCUGCACCGGCACCUGUGAUUCCCAUUACCUUGCAGUCUUUAUUCUCAGUGAAAUCAAUACCAGCACAACCGAUCCGCAAGAAGGCUUUCCAGGCCUAGUUUGGUUAGCCAACAGAGAUAACCCCAUAAGAGAGAAUGGGACGUUGACUCUGACCUCCUAUGGAGAUUUAGUACUGCAAGAUUCGGAUGACACCAAGGUUUGGUCUACUGACACGUCCGGUAAGUUUAUUAUCGGCAUUAUCCUUCAAGAAGACGGAAAUCUUCAGCUCUACAGUAACGACUACACGGUUUGGCAGUCGUUUGAUCACCCGACCGACACGUUACUCCCAGGUCAGAAGUUUUAUGAGGGCAGUCGGCUUAUUGCCAGCUCUUCAACUACGGAUUACUUCUAA